AUGUCGUCAGUCGCAGAGAGUGAUACAUCGUUGUGGCUUCAUAACAAACUUGGUUCUACCGAUGACCUGUGGUCUGCGCAAACUAUAUGUUCUCAACUAAGACAGGAAAUAUUAAGGAAUGCUCACAGUUGUUUUCAAGAUUUGCAGUCGCACGUAAAACUAAAAUUCCUGCUAUCGUUUUUACAUCUUCCGAGACGGCACAUCGAACAGUGGAAAAGUGAACUUGAUGAGAUUGUAGAGAUGGCUGUAGGCGAUUCAGACCAAUGGGUAUCAGUUCUCGGAGAACUACUGAAAACCUUUGCCUCGACUGGGACUGUAAACCUAGAUAUUGAGGAAAAUUCUCACCUGUUCGCUGAAGUCACUACUGAACUGAAGAAACUGUGUAAGCGGUCGAGCGACUCGGGCAUGCUGCCGCUCGAGUGCCUCGUCCUCAACAAGACCGCCCUGACCGCCGCCGUCGGUCAGCUGCCGCAGACCGACAAGCACUUUGCGCUGAAGAGGAAGCCCAAGUCGGCGGCGCUGCGGGCCGAGCUGCUGCAAAAGUCGUCUGAGGCGUUAACGAGCACAAAGAAGAACGCGCCGAGCACGGUGCCGAUACGCUCGCGCUCCUCCCUCACGAAGAAACUAGACACGAGCGCUCCACUGAAGGGCCUUCCAAGUCGAGUACCAAUAGGUGGGUUCCGGUCUGGCACGCAGCUGAGCACAGUGGGAAGGUCGUCAAUUGGGGGUGUCUCGGCAGCUGGAAGGAAGGAGGGAGGAAUCAAGCUGCUAGACAUCACUGAGCAACCUCUAGGUGGUCGUCACGCGAAGAAACGGCGUGUCCAAGAGGAGACGAAGCCGCCGCCGCCUAAGGAAGAAGAUACGUCACAGACGGCAACGCCAGACUACGCAGUCGGCCUAAUACCCCCUGCUAGCAUUCCACAGAAACCUCUUGAGCUGGUCUCGGUAUCUGCAUCUACAGCUGUGUCAUCUGCUACUGUCCCCGAGUACGUGCCCAGUCGAACUGCCAUCAUCACAACCAGCCAACAAGUGUCAGCUCUGCCAUCGACGGCUCAGGCGCGCGAGAACCUGCAGCAGGUGCUCAGCAACCAGAGUCAGAACUCGUUCGUGGCGACCAUCGGUCCGUCGGCCAACAGUAUUCGCAGCCUCGUGCAGCAGCACACGUCGCGUGCCACUACGCCGCAGCCGCCGGUGACACAGCAGGUGAGGGUGAUUCGAGCUCAGGCUCUUCCCCAGACUCAGCUGCCUGCUGAACAGCAACCACAGACACAAGCCGCUGAGCCAAAACCGCAGGCGACGCCAGUGUACCAGCAGCGGCCGGUCGCGCCGCUACCAGCGACCCAGCCACAGCCUAACGUCAUAGUGCAGGCCCCAAUACAACAGCAACCAAAACAACAGCAACCACAGCAGCAGCCACAGCAGCAGCAACAACAGCAGCAGCCACAGUCGGCUCCGCAGAAGAAGGGACUAUCUUUGACGAGAGAACAAAUGUUGGAGGCACAGGAAAUGUUCAGGCGAUCAAAUAAGGUUACAAGACCAGAGAAGGCUUUGAUUCUUGGUUUCAUGGCUGGAAGCAGGGAGAACCCGUACCCGCAGCAGGGCGACAUUCUCACGAUCAAGCUGAGCGAGAACACGGAGACGGUGCAGGCGAUCGACGGCGCCUACAAGCCGAUGAUCGUCGAGAUGUACUUCCAGAUGAACUACGGCACGGGUGAGUGGAAGCGCAUUCAGCAGGUGCGCGAGAACAGCGAGUUCGUGCCGUGACGCGGCGGCGGCGCGCGGACGCCGUGCGUGCGGUGUACGCUUUGUGCCGUGAAACGUGCACGCUACGGUGUACAUGUUGUGCUGUGGUGUGCGGAUGGUACGAGCAUGGUGUACAUUUUGUGCCGUGGCAUGUAGGUGAGGCACGUACGGCAUACAACUCGUGCUGCAGAGUGCAGACGAUGCACACGCGGCCUGCGUUUUGUACGCGGCAUGCGGACGAGGAGCGUCGGUGUACAUUUUGUUCCGUGGCGCGCAGACAAGACAGGCGAGUGAGAUGGGAACUAGAUAGGUGCGAUACAGGUGUACAUUUUACUCGAUUUGAGUACGCACGAGGUGUUUGGUUUUUGUAUAGAGAUGUGGAGAGCUAAUGUCAGAGAUAUCUGCUGGAGAGAUCACUUUGGCCCUUGUUAAUAACAGACACUAGGCUAGAUUUCUGCUUGUAUAGAGAGAGAUAUCAGAAAUGAGAGGCAGAUAGUUGCUGUUAGGAACCUCUGACGUCAUGGUGAUGGUGGUGAUCUCUGGUGGAAAGGUCGCGUCACAGGCUGCUAACAGAUGUAUGUAAGCAAGAGUCCAUAAUAGAACAUUUUAAUAGAAUCUAUUUUCUAUUAUUAGACUCUUGAUGUAAGUUAUUGUUGCAGAGCGUCAAUUUUCUGGCGUUUUAUCCAGGUAGAACAUAUCUACUAUUUCGGAUGUUUCCCAAUUACUGACGCGGGAAAAACCAUGUUGCACUUGUUCGUUCAUGCAUCCAAGAUGUUGCCAGUACUUCCUGAUGCGAAUAUAGUCUCAAUCGACUAGGAAUGCGUUUCAAUCAGUAGAUUCGAUCAGUUUUUUACAUUUAGCGCACGCUUUAUCAUCAUUUUUUGAUCGUGCUCCCGCUCUGAUUACUUUUGCUGGUCAAGUUGUUAUCGUUAUUAUUGAUGUGGUGCUGGUCCAACGUAUGUGCAGUUGUGAGCGUGGAUAUCAAGACCAGCUCAGUGUCAGUGUACGUGCUUGUAGCACUGCUAACCAGUGUGUGUCGUCACCAUGCGUCACCUAAUCUGUGGCUGUAAAUUGAGCAGGUAUUCGUCCAGGUAGAUAGGCGAUAGAUAGGUCACUCGCGCGCGCGUGUGUGCGUGUAUGUACCUAAGCUGUGGCAUGUGUCCAGUGUAGCAUGCUAUACAUCCUCCCUAUGGCAAACACCCCCCCCCCACACACACACCACACAAACCCACCACGGUGUGCAGGGUCAGUAAAGGUCAUAUCCGAGUCACUGUUACGAUGCGCCCUGCUAGACAUGUCCGUGCUCAUGCACAAUGUUGAAGGGGGGGACGUUUGCUAUUGUGGGGCCGGCUGUAUAGUGUAUACCAUGCUACGCCAGUGGGCAGGCACCUGUCAGCGUGGUUUUUACCUCAUGCCGCGACGUUAUGCUCGUGAUUGUGAAAAUAGCGCUAAAACGCGACCAAAUCCACUAUCAAAAUCGUCUGGAUUUCUUUAAACUACCUGUAUGUACAAAAUUUGAUUCGGCUCCCUUCCCACAAUUAAAAAUCGGGGUUUUCUUUGAUGUUCAGGUUAGAUUAAAAAUACAGCGCGAUAAAAAAAUCCACGUGGCUUUUCAAACGUUGACAGGUGUGCAGCCGUGGUGUGCACUUGCUGGUAUUAUAACUCGUCAUAUAACUGGUAAUGUUUUGCUAGUUUGUGCUCUCAAAUGCUGCUCACUAGUCUAAAUGCGCUCACGCAUCGCGCUUGUUGGACUCUGUUUCACUUCUGCGAAGGCUUUUUGACAUUAGCAGGGGUUAAUAAUGACAGAUUUGUCAUUAUUAACCCCUGAUAGUAGUAAAGUACCUUUAAUAGAGCAUCACAUUAGAAUUCUCUGUCAUGUGAUAUCGCGUGACAUUUUGAUCAGUAGCAAUUCUUCAUCGUAAGCGGUUUGUACUGUACCCGCUAUGAAGUGUUAUUUUAUGUACCUGGAUGCAAAUAUUAUCAGGGAUGAAUAAUGACAAAUUUGUCAUUAUUAUCUACUCCUGAUAUUAUCUAUAUCCUAACUAGAGAUUUAUAUAAAAGAAGGUUCGAAAAGCUUUAUGGUGAAUGAGCGCUAAACAGUAUAUAUGAUAGAAACACAGGUUAUAUUGUAAAUAUUAUUUUGAUCAGGCACUCAAAUGUACUGCUACUAUACGUUGUAGAGGUUUCAUAAGUUUUUACAUUUACGUGUAAAAUUUGUUGAAUAUGUAGUGAGUUUCGUGGGUCCUGCAUGGAAUCCAAUCCAAAUUUCUUGGAGAAUUACAGUCAGAUAUACGUGGAAGUGUGUUAGGCAAAGAAGUUGUUUUUUAGUAAAAAAAAGAGUGAACAAAAACAAAGGAAUGGACAAGGCUUAAUUAUUGGAAAUCCAACAUCAGCUAGCCUUGGUCUACCUUGGAUUUAUUACAUUCAAUCUCAAUUUGCUUUUAUUCACUACUUGUAUUAUAAUAAGUUGGUCAUGUUGUUAGACAUGUCUUCCUAAAUCAUUAUAUUGAUUGUUGUCAUGUUUUGGUGUAAAAUCCUAAAUCCUACGCUAGAGGUGAAUUCGCCCACAUCUUACUCAUGAUUUCAUGCAAACAGAUGAAUUUUAGUUAUUUACUGAUCAGUAAUUAUUGGGUCAUUCGUACUGCUCUGUGUAAGGUUUAUGGUUUUUAGGUUUUCCUAAGAAGUAUCCCCCCCCCUCCCCACGAUCUAUAACUCCCAAACGAAAAUUUGGGUGGUUGCCAUCUAUGUUGGUAAUUAUGAGGAAAUCCAAAACAAGGAAGCAUGGGCGUGAAUUAAUUUUGUGAAGUAGUGAUUUCAUAUAAAGGUGCUAACCUCAUGUUAAUGCGGUUUUAACCAUUCCUUUAUUGAUUGACGCUAGGUUGGUCAUCUAAAUCGCACCUUGAUAUAUUGAAAAAGUGAAUGUAACACUGUAACAAGGUAAUGUUGUGGAGAGUGAAUGAAUACUACCAUGAAAACAUGUAUAGAAUUUCUGUAUACACGAAUAUAUAAUAUGUAUAGACGGUAUUGAAUAUUCUGUACAUAUAUUCAUGAUACUAUUUGUACAGAGGAAAUUAAGGCUGUCAUUGUGCACAGUCUGACGUCGUGCUGUUUUCAACGAUGGGCUGUUUUGUCGUCUGCGUUUUGUGCUAUGUCGGAGUGACUUAUCGUCAGUGUGUGCGCCACUCUCUUCUGGGUCUGCGUGUUGUAAAUGAAUCUCUGAACGACGUCUAUUUUUCUUGUAUUAGUACGUGGGUAGAAAAUUCUAUUACCGCAGACUCGGUGCUAUUUCUAGAAUCUAUUCUCGGUUUCUUUUUCGCACCCAGCUGUGGCUAAUCGAGUUUUGCCCCCCCCCCCCCACCCACCCACCAUCUCCAUUUACCGGAAAUUUUGUAAUGUGCUAGCAGCCGUCACUUUGAACUGUUGUGCAGCAGCCGAUUUUUUAAUUCCAGCUUGCACUCCUUUCGACGUCAUCUUCACCAAAAUCACAUUUCGUUUGUUUUACCUCUGUUGAUCAUAGAUCAUAGAUAGAAGCUAGAUCAUAGAUGUACAUUGAAUGCACUCCAGGCGAUGGGGGUGGAUUCUAUAGAAAAACUGUUCCCUAACCUAUUAGGGUGAGGGUCAAUGAAGCCUUAUUUCAAUCAUGUUUAGAUGAUGUCUCGAUAUUUUUUCAAUAUGUCGUGGGUCUGCGCAAUAAAUGAUUUAUAUGAA